AUGUAGUCUAGAAGUCUGAUAUUUAUGACAUAGAAAAUUUCAUAACUAGAUUUGAUUCUUUUGUCUAAACUGCAUACACUAAAGCAACAGUUGCUGCUAAUUGAUCAGAAGUUUAAGUUAUACUGAUAGCCAUAUAGUGGUUUAUUUUUUAAGAGGAAAACAUUUACAAACUCAUCAAGAAUGCUUCAAAAGUCUUGAAAUCAUACAACUUAAUUUUAGAUGGAAUCCUAAAAUUAUUGAAAAGUUGUUGGUUCUAUAUCAGAAUAGAUUCAUUUAAAUGUUUAUUCAUCUUAAGAACUACAGCUUCUCUAUCUAAAGUGAUAUUUUUUCCAUAUAAGAAAAUAUAAGAAAUGAUUAGAAAUUCAUAAACUGUGAUACUUAAAAGUAAUUUGUUGAUAUUUGCGAUGAAUUAAGAUAAUAGAUUGAAAUAGAGAUGAAUGAUUUAAUUUAGAGUUAAUUGGAACUUUACCUUUUCCUAACAAAAACUUCUUUUUAGAUAUCCCCAAACGAUGGUAAAGAAAGGGAUGAUAUUUUAUGA